AUGGGUCUGAAAAAAGAAUUCAGGCGUCAUCUCUACUUCACCGUUGCUGAGAGAAUGAUCCUACAUGGAGCAUCAGCUUGGGCCUAUCCUCUCUCAUCUCGACAACAAAGAAUCCUAAUCUCAAUACAGAGAAAAUUCCUCCUGAGUAUUUCCGGAGCAUUCCGAACAACAUCCACGGCAGCACUACAAGUUAUCAAAGGAAUUCUUCCACUUCACAUCAAAACGCAAGCAGAAGCAACCUAUGUAAGAGUAAGUCGUCUUCAAUUACCUAGCCAUUUUCAGAAUAUAUCAUUCCCUCCUGAGAACUUCGAGAUGAAAUGCUCUCACACAAAAAUCUUCCCCUCAGACUUUCUUCUUGAGGACAGAAUUUCCCUCAAACAAAAAUUCCAACCUACAAACAAGACGGAUAUUUUUACAGAUGGGUCCAAAAUCGAGGGAAAAACCGGCUUUGCCUACUGCGUAUUCCAAAACGAACAAAUUACUCAUCAGUGGCUCGGCAAACUGAAUGAAAAGAACUCUGUCUUUCAGGCAGAGCUGCUGGUCAUUAAAGAAGCAUGUAAAUGGGCUAGCAAAUUCGAUCAUAAAGCUAAAAUAUGGAGCUGGAUCGCUUUUAAGCUGGAGUGA